CUCUGUUUGGGAGGUCUGCCUCUGCGCCGUGGUGCCUGAAUCUCAACCGGCUGUGCCAAGUCCACAUGGGCCGGUUUGUGUCGGUCCACCGUGAAAACCUCCUCUUUCCCCCCAAUGUCCAGCACGAAUGUGGACCCGUUGUUUCUGAUCACUGUAAACGGCCCCUCGGAGGGCCGCUGUAGUGGUGCCCAAUGUCCGCCCUGUCGUACAAAAACAAACUUACAGUUUUGCAGGUAUUUGGGUAUGCAGGUCGAGUUCUGCCCAUGCUGCAAAGUGGAUAUGGGGGCCAGGUUACCGAGCCUCUCGUGUAGUCUGUCCAGGACUGCUGCGGGUUCUUCCUCUUGCCCCCUUGGGGUUGGUAUGAACUCUCCUGGGAUGACCAGGGGUGCACCGUACACCAACUCGACCGAUGAGGUGUGCAGAUCCUCUUUGGGUGCCGUGUGGAUUCCGGGCAGGACCCAGGGGAGCUCGUCCUCCCAGUUAGGCCCUUUGAGGCAGGCCAUGAGAGCCGACUUCAGGUGACGGUGGAAACGCUCAACCAGUCUGUUCGACUGUGGGUGGUAGGCAGUUAUGUGGUGCAGAUGUGUCCCCAAAAGGCUGGCCACAGCCGACCACAGGCUGGAGGUGAACUGGGUGCCUCUGUCAGAGGUAAUGUGGGCAGGUACACCAAAGCGGGAUACCCAGGUGGUGAUCAGUGCCCGGGCGCAAGAUUCGGAGGUGGUGUCGGUGAGCGGGACCGCCUCUGGCCAUCUUGUGAACCGGUCCACGAUAGUCAGGAGGUGCCGCGCUCCACGCAACACUGGCAGGGGGCCCAUAAUAUCCACAUGAAUGUGGUCGAAACGCCGGCGGGUGGGAUGGAACUGCUGCAGCAGAGCUUUGGUGUGCCGCUUGCACCUUGGCUGUUUGGCAGAGCACGCACAUUCUGGCCCAUUCACUGACCUGCUUGCGGAGUCCGUGCCAAACAAACCUGUUGGAUACCAUCCGGAAGCUGUCCUGAUGGAGGGGUGCGCUAAGUUGUGAAUGGAGACGAAAACGUGCCGCCGCCAGGCUGCCGGAAUGACGGGGCGGGGUUGGCCGAUGCUGACGUCACAGGGGAAACACCAUGUUCGACCUGAACUGAAAAAUCAAGUGACCACUAAAUGCAAUGUAACAGAGAAUGUAGUAAUCAGCCAAUCUCAGUGGCAUGUGGAAAUCAAUAAAACAGUACAUUUCUUUGGUGUAAUCUUACAGAAUAGCUCUUUGGAAAAUAUGGUGUGUGCUAAAGAGCUGAUGCGUGCAUUUAAAAACUCCUGUGCAGCCAGUGGAAAUCAUGUAACACUGACAGUUCUGAUCCAGCCUUUUAGUGCAAAGUAUCAGAAGAGUUUAAAAGAUCAACUUGUGACAAUGUGCCGGAAUACUAAGGGUGGCCUUGCAGAAAAUACUGUGUGGAUUUCAUCGGAAGCAAGACGGAAGUAUGAACAUGAACAGCAGAAUGCAAGCAGGACUGUUGCUUGUAAUUACAAGUCAACACGGUAUAGCAACCAUUUGGAGAAUAUAACCUGCCUAAUAAACCAUCCACCAACUUUUACACCUCUGGAACUAUUCAUAAGAUAUCCUUUCGGAAUCAGAAUUAAAAGCAACAGUCAUGGUGUUAAGGGGAGAAAAAACAGUGAGGGUAUCAUUCAGGUUGAAAUAACAGGCUCUGUGGAGAAAGUUGACUUCAGCUGUUCAAAAAAAAAUGGAUCCUUUCCUGAAGGUAUUGAAUUGAUUAAAAAUCACCUCAUAUUCAAAGGACCUAUGAGAGAAAGCUACCCUGGCAAGUAUGUAUGUGUAGCUUCAAAUCAACAGUGGAAGUUGUCAGCACAGUGGGAGAUUGAGAUUACUUCCGAUGAAAAUCACUGGAUUCCUACAAGGCCCAUAUUGAUAGCAUCGUGUGUGCUCUUCACAGGAGUUGUUUCUUUUUUCUGUAUUCUGAGGUGGUAUAAAAGAAAACAACUGGUAGUUAUUCCUCAGCAAUAUUCAGUUCAAAACUUUGGAUACCAAACAACCAUGGAAGACCCUUGCUGCAUUAAAAUCCAACAAGAUCCUGGAAUUGGUGCAGGCUCUGUUUCUACACCAGUGAACUCCCAAAAAAAGCAUUGAAUCUUCAGAUAAUGUUGAUCAUUCAGCUGCUUCUGAAGAAAGGUCAAGAUGUGUCAAACAAAUUCAGAAUGUUACCUGUUAAAUUGAAACUAUCGUUAGCUUAUAGUUAAUAGCAUGCAAUUAAUUCCACUUAGCUUCUGCAUGUGGCAUUGGAGUAGUGGAUGGUGGGUGGGAGAGUUGGGUGGCACCAUGUAUAUUAAUUAUCAAUAACCAUUAACAUUAUAAGGAUACACAGGCAUUCAUUUAAUAUACAAAUGUAUU